CACAUAAUGAGUAGCGGCAGUGGGUCACUCAAGCGACCUCCUCCGUCUGCUGGCGGCUCGCAGCGAUCCACUCCGACCGGAACCCCGCGUCCCAGCCAAACCGCCUCGCCUGCAUCCACCUCCACCAUGCCAUCAGCAUCAUCAUCAUCAUCAGCAUCAUCGUCGGGCCCUGCCAGCGCAAUCGCCGUCGCCCAGUUCGCGGCCGCGCGCGCUCGUGAGAUUCAGACCAUGCUCCAUGCGCUGAACGAGCCCGUCAACGGCGGCGGCGGACGGCGCGUCUUCCAGACACUCCCGCGACACAUGCGUCGGAGAGCAAUGAGCCACAAUGUCAAGCGCGUGCCAAAGCGGUCGCGGUCGGCGGCUCAGCGCGAGACCGAGGCGAUCGCACGGGGCGGCGGCGGCCAACAAGCCAACAACGCUGGCGACGGACUGAGCGCAAAGGGACUCCCAGUCGCAAUGGCUGCAGAGUCUGCAACGACAGUGCGUGUGGACAAGAUUCAGCGCGAGACGGGCCGGUCGGUGAGCAAGCGUGCACGCAAACGCAUCUACGCGCGAAUCCGACGCACCAUCCAAGCCGUCAAGCGCCCGACUCGAAUGCGACGACGGAUUGCUGCGAAUGCACGUCAUCGUCACUUGCUCAAGCGUGCCAGGGCAAAAGGAUGGCUCGAGACGCACGUCUGGCACGCAAAGCGGAUGAAAAUGGCCGACCAGUGGGGAUUCCGACUUGCGCUGCGUUCUGCUCAGCGCGGCAUGCGUGCGACGCACCGCGCGACGCUGCAUUCUGUGACAGCACACGAUGCGUCGUAUCAUGGGAUAAUCGAGCUCGCUGGUCCGUUCCAGGAGCUCCUUUCGGUGCUGGGUGCGGUCAGCCACCCGACAGAUCCCAGCGCUGCGGACAACACUGCAUCUCCAGCGCUGACAGGCGCAGUAGCCGGCGAUGCGAUGCUGUUUGCCCCUCACUCCUACCCAUUGGGUGUCAUUGGGCCCUUUUCUUUUCUCUGGCGACCGGUGGAGCGCAACAAUCACGCCACUUCAAACACAGCAGCGAUGGACACGCGAGAGGAUUCGAGCUCCUGCAACACCACCACCACCACCACCGAGGAUCGAGCUCUUUGGAUGUGGUUUCAUCCGGCCUGCUUUCAUGCAGCGCUGCUCGCCCUGCGCCAGGCCGUCAAGUCUUCCCAAAGCAGGAACGUUCUGGUCUUGGAUCGGCGGAAGGAGAUUGUGCAGUUUCAACUAACAGGGCCGUGGUCACACGCUCUUUUGAAUGAAAUCCUGGACAUUCGGGAUGGCUUGAUUCUUCCAGAACAAAUCCGGUCGCUCCUGGAUCGGCGAGACCGGCAUCGUCGCCAUCCUCGGCGGCGGCUUGGCAGCACUAAUGUACCCGCAUCUUCUGAAGGAGGCAUUGCAUCAACGUCAACUGUAACACGAGAGAAGAGCACUGCUACUGAUCACGACGAGUUUACGAGCGACGAAGAAGAGGCAAGCGGGUCUGACGACGAUGCCGAGGACACCGACGACGACGACGACGACGACGACGAUGCACGCGCGCAAAAGCGCAAAGUCUCUGGUACCACUACAGUAACAACAUCCUCCACGGUUCAGACUACUGGCACAAUCGCAACAGCCUCCACAACCAAUGACUGGCAUGCUCGGCAACAGCGUCGUCGAAUCACUUCCCUGCAACGAUGGGAGCAACAACAGAACGAUCGCGCAGCGCGAAAAGCACAGCGUCAAUUGGCUAAACAAAACCGUUAUGUGCCGCAACAUUCCGCCAAGCGUCGUGCUGUGGAAGACCCGCUUUCGGGAGAGCCUCGGCGCGCGUCCUCGAAACCCACCUUUCAGCGUCGUCUCGCCCUGAAGCAACGCAUGAAGCAACUCCCACCCAGUGCCCUUUGGCAACCCUACUCGUUGACAUCCAACAUUGUCUGGGCGUCGCUGGCCACGUUGCACAACGCUGCCGCGCUUCCACCGCGAACCGUGUUUGCGCUUGACGUGCACGAUCCUCGCACAGUUCAUCGUUCCACCAUGCGCCGAGCUGUUCAUGUUGAAGAGCGCCGAGCUGCGCAUGCCAAUCCGAGCAACAUUGCCAACGUUGCGCGCGGAAUUCAAGCGCUCAACUCGAGUACAUUCAAUCAGCUGCUGCAACAUCAGCAGCAGCAGCAGCAGCAGCAGCGUGGCCACCAAGACGUCAACAACCCAGACUUGGCGCUAUCGUAUAACGGAGGUGCCUCCUUGUUGUGGGACAAGGUCUCGCGUACGUUUGUGCAAGACCACCAAGUGUCGGAACGAGAGCUGCACGAGCGCCGGCAACAGUACCUUCUGCCAAACAAAGCGACCAUUCACUCCGAGGAAGACACUCCAAUUCCGCUCAUCCUUGUGCAAACACCGGGAUCGAGCGGAAGCUCGGCGCAGUUUGUCAACCACGUUCGCAACGCUUCCACGCAAGCGUCGUCCGCGCCCUCCUCCUCGAUUCCAAAAACGCUGCGUGCAAAGCUCGAGAAGCAACGGCGGCUUCAGCUCGAGAGGCAAACACAGGCACAGGGCAGUCGCCAACAGCAACCAAAAAAGCCGGCGGUCAGUGCCGCGCUUCAACGAGCUGUGGCCGGUGCGCGGACGUGCGAUCGCCUGCAACAAGCCGCCGUCACCAAGUCUCUCAUCCGACAGGCUCUGAGUGGACCCGCAAUCGGGUACGCCAGCGGCUACUCGUUUUUUGCACCCGCCAAGUUUGGUUCUGCAUUCUGGCGGAGCCUCACGUAUGCUGGCGCGCGUGCGAUUGGCCAAGAAGAUCUGGAGCGAACUGCGCUCGAAAGUGGUGACCUCCAGUUCCCAAUCGACUUCCCCGACACGGUGGCGCAUCGUGCUCUUGCUCGCCAGCGAGCCAUGGCGUUGUCCGCCAAGCAUUCGCGCUAUCCGAAAGCCAAGCGCGUGAAUUAUCUUCGCAUUGGCACCCCUUCGCCGUUCUACGCUGCGUGGACCUGGCUGCUGGCCGUUUGGGAGCGGCGUGCGUCGUCGCAGCAAGUCGACGCUCUUGUUGGCUCAGACUAUGAUGCAUCUUCUGCCGUGUUUGUUGUUGAUCAAGCGCGCUCCAAUGCCAUCCAUCCCCGCACCUUUGCCGGCCGCAAGGCAGCGCAACAACGAGCUGCUGCACAACAACCCACAGAUACUAACUCUGACGGACAAACUCUUCGAAAGCGCAUCAUCUCGACCGCCCUUGGCGGAAUUGACAACUUUUCGUACUUUGUCCUGCGAGAUCGAGUUGCACUUGAAAUCCUCGACCAAGCACUCGGUCUCUCCCGCAAGUCUAGCGCGUCCUCGACGUCCGGCUCGCUCGACAAGCUCAAAGCCGGUCCUGUUCAUUCCAUCCUUGUCUGUAUCAAGAUCAAGAUGCUCUCGAAAGGGGUGCCGAGCUACAAUGCCAUGAUUUGCAUGCCGACCGGAGCCGAUUGCGCCGAGCUUGCCACCUCCCUUGACUUUGCCGGGCCAGUCGAGGGUAAACACACGGCUUCCGACCUCUCGACGCCAAGCGUGCGAGGCAAUAUUGCGGCUGCUGGUCGAACGGUGACCUCAACCCGCGAAAUCAUGGGAUUUGUGACGACAGGCGGCUAUUCGUUCACACGAGCUAGCGGGUUUGGCGUUGCGUUCUGCACUCUGGCGUCGUUGCUUGAGCUGGCGUCGUCAAGAGCCCUACGCGAUCCGAUGCCGUUCAUCCUUGUGCGAAAUCCUCGAUCACGUCAAUACCGCGUGGCCAUGUUUUCCAUUCUCGACUCGUAGCCGCUCAGACCGACAACACGUCGCUUUUGUCGAAUUCGAGUAUCGAGCGUGUGUGUUGUUUCAAUCACAUAAACUUUUGGGGUUGUUCGUUGCGUCAAUAAAGUCAAAAAAGACAAUGAAUUGGAUUGAAACAAUGGAACAAAACCGU